GGAGAGAGGGGAGAGAGCACUGUGACCGGGGGGGUUGAGUGGUAGACAAGAAAUGCCAUAUGAUUACAAUAGAGACAAAAACAGGACAGAGAGCAAAUGUUUAAAUUUAGGCUCUCUCACAUCACGCCUUUUCUGAGAAGAGAGGUUGAAAAAGUCUGUUCGGGCUCUCUAAAUUGUGUGCAUUUCCUGGGCACAUUCCAAAUUUGACUCAUGAAAGCUUAUCAUGGUGAAAAAACAACGUCCCUGGAUGAAUCAAAACAAUAAAACAAAGGAGUUUUUAAAUUGUAGGCCUAUGUUUAUAUGAAGUUACAUGGUUACAGUGCAUUUAUACUGUAUAAUUCACACAGCUGAAAACUCACUGAAGAAUGAUGGGCAAAGUAUUUUUAUAAACAGACCAUUAUAGACAGAUAGGAUCUUUGGACAUAAAAAAACAGUAGCUGAAUGAGUAAAAAAAAAAAAAAGUGUAAUGUUGGGAGGACUAGGGCGUUGUACGAAGUUGAAGCAGCUGCGUGUGCCUAUGUGUGUGUGUAUGGGUAUGUGUAUGUGUGUGAGUGUCAGUGGGUGUGAGUGCCGCACUUUGCCUGCGUGCGUGCGUCUCGCACAUUAUCUAGUUGUCGGCGUUUGUUCGGGGUUUUAGGGCAAGAGUUCAACAAUCACCCCGCACGGAGUUACCUCUUUGGACUUACACAGAGGAGGUUUUGAAAUAUUUGGGUCCUUUGAAGAGAGACGAAGUUCGGAGGAAUGUAAAAACUUUGACCAGGUCUAAGGAUUCACCGCGGAAUGUCUGACAUUGUUUUUUAUUGGACUACAAACGUUUUUUUACGCACGCUCUAAGCAUAAUUCUGUCAAACAGGAGUACUUUUGGAGCAUACAGUCUACGGAAUGACAAAGUAGCCCAUCUUGGUUUGUGAUUGUUGUUGAUGGUGGUUUUAAACAUUUAGGCUACUGAUCUCAUGAACUUGUUGCUUUUUAAGAAUAACCUUACCAUUUCAAUAAAGAUGCGCAAUGUGUGUGUUAAGCGGACGAACGAGGGACUGCGCUCAAGAAACGACCGAGUGUUUGUCUGCAUGUGAUUGGCAGCCGUGAUGGCCCACCCAGUCGUUAGCUGAUACUACUUGUGCCAUGUGAGAGGAUGGACCCUGCAAGCAGCAGCAGCACCACUGUAUGCGAGGCCAGCAGCAGUGACCCCAAUGGCUUUGUGAACCGUGUCUUCAACGUCUCGCUGGAUGUUGAGAAGGAAACAGGCAUCAUGAGGAUUCAGGAAGCUGUGGCCGGGGUCGAGCCUGAUGCCUCCUGUCCACAGACACCAGCCAGGGAGCAGCAGCACCCCGAGGCUAUCCGCCGGCCCAGGUCUACCGGAAUCUGGAAGAUUCUGAACCGGCGUAGGAUUGGGUCGGACCUGGAACGUCGUCCGCACUCCAUGAUUCUCCCCGGCGAGGCAUCCAUUCCAAAACUGUCUUUCAUGGACAAGGUGAGAUCAUUCAAGAAGCUUAAGACACCAUCGUCAGUGUUCAAGGGAAAAGCAGGGAAGGCGUCGAGCUCCAAGCUCAACAGCUCACUCAGGGAUGAGCCAGAGGAGGACGGAAACGUCUGCCGGGACUUCCCCUCGCCAUUGUACGCGCAUAGGAACACGCUCAGGAACCGUGGAAAACGACACUCCUACGCAGGCCACACAGCUGACUUCGAUGUCUCCUUCGAGGACAUGGAUCUGACACCUACCCCUGAGAAUGACGCACCGUCACCUGUCAAACACACAACCAACAAUCACAAUGGCUGCAAAACACUGGAGAGGGUAGUGUACACAAAGAGGGCCCACCCAAACAUAUCAAACUGCAAUAAUUCCACACUGACCAUCCAUGAAGAGAGGUCGGUAAGGGAGAGUCCCAAGGUAUCUGCAGGAUCCAGAAGGUCGAAGGGAUCUGACGUAUUGAGCUACCUUAAACGAAUCUCCUUUGUUAAAGGAGGUUCUUCGUUGUCUGAGAAGAGUUUUGAUUCCAUGCACACACUGGACAAAACCAUAGACUCAGAUUAUGGCUCUGUCGACUUUGAAUGUAUCAAAGACUUUCAACCGGCCUCGAGGCCCACAGGUGCUGAUGGCAAGAGCAGCCAUUUUGGAGGGCUGUUUCGCUUUUUCAACAGCAUGGCUGAGACGGCGCGCAAAUGGAAGAACUCUUCGAGGUCUUUCUCGCCACCCGAUGAGGAGCGCUCGCCUGUCGGCUCCCCGAGAUCGCAGAGGAUGCGGGACUUCGGCCACGCCACGUCGCUCACCUUGAGCAGUGAGGAGAAACUCGAAUGUGUCUCAUCUGGCUCUAACACUCUGACAGCAGAUGGAAACCUGUGCGAGGCCUCCUCGGCUGCCAAACCGACGGUGGGCAGGUCGCCACAGGUCAUCCUCAAGUCAUGGAAGGUCUACCCAGACUCGCCAGGGUCACACAGUCGCCCCUCAAACACCUCUGACGGAUCAGAGUCUACCCUGACACCCAUGAACUCUGCACGCACCUCCCUGGCAACCAUAGAGAACCAACCGAGGGGUGAUGUCACAGAGAGGGGCUCGCUCUCUGAGGCGGAGGGCCAGUCAGAUUGCAUCUCCCCUGAGGAGUCGGGCCUUGCAGGCCAUGAACUGGAUUCUAUGGAAGUAGCGGUUGCCAUGGAGCAAAAUGAGCUUGCAGAUGACCAAUCAGGUGCACGGAGUGACAGUUGUCCUAACAACAGGACAACCUCACUGGGUAACUCUGAUGAAGUGUUUAUGCCCCCGCCAGGUGUCUGCAGGACAGGCGCGAGGCGUGUGCCGGCGUCCGCAGCAGCCUCCGAGGCUCAUCCUGGCGCCCGGAGGCCCCUCGUACUCCACCAGCAGCAGCAGCUCCCUUCCUCCUCGCUGCGCUCGCGGCGUCCUCGGCCCGCCUCCAUGUGCGUGACCCCGCUGAGCGUGCCUGACCCCAUCCUGGAGGAGGGGUCGCUGGCCGAGGGGCCGGGGGACGGCUGCUGCUCUCCCCGGCCGUGGCUGCCAGGGGAGGGCGGCGGCGGCGGUGGAGAUGGAGGCGGAGGCGGGCUGACGAGCGGCGGCGUCAGGCUGCGGCGAGCUGGAGGUCGUGCCGGAGCUCACCACCGCCCCCAACACAGGAGGCCGCACUCGGUCAUAGAAGGAAGCGGGCCUGCCGGGCCCAACGCCAUGCAGCCACACCGAACCCUGUCUCGUCCCCCUGGGGUGUCCCCGCGUGACCCCCCCUUUAGGGUCAUCCUGCAGCGCUGCCGCUCCUUGCCCCUGCCCCAGAACGCACCCAAUGCGGCUUUAGCAGCGAGACAGGAGCACACACUGCCACAAACAGGUGAACCAUCUGAUCAGUCCGGUUCUGUUCGGCUGCGCAAUGGGAAGAGUGGAGGAGGCGGCCUGAUGCACAGGAAGGCCCUGAGGCCCGGAUCAGAACCCCUGCAGGUGGACAGCUUGAUCAGUGGAGGUUCAAUCAUCAGCGCGGAGGCGGUAUGGGACCAUGUGACCAUGGCCGACCGGGAGUUGGCGUUUAAGGCUGGGGACGUCAUUAAGGUCCUGGACGCCUCCAACAAGGACUGGUGGUGGGGCCAAAUCGACGAUGAGGAGGGCUGGUUUCCUGCCAGCUUCGUGAGGCUCUGGGUCAACCAGGAGGAGACGGGUGCGGAGCCGGUGGAGGGCAGCAGCGAGGUCCAGAACGGUCACCUGGACCUGGAGUGCCUCACGCUGGGACAGCCCCUCCAGAACCGCGACCAGAUGAGGGCCAACGUCAUCAAUGAGAUCAUGAGCACCGAACGGCACUACAUCAAGCACCUCAAGGACAUCUGUGAUGGCUACUUGCGGCAAUGCCGGAAGCGCAUCGACAUGUUCAACAGCGACCAGCUGAAGGUGAUCUUCGGCAACAUCGAGGACAUCUACCGCUUCCAGAUGGGCUUCGUACGAGACCUGGAGAAGCAGUACAACACAGAGGAGCCGCACCUCAGCGAGAUCGGGCCCUGCUUCCUGGAGCACCAAGACGGCUUCUGGAUCUACUCGGAGUACUGCAACAACCACCUGGACGCCUGCAUGGAGCUCUCCAAGCUGAUGAAGGACGGCCGCUACCAGCACUUCUUCGAGGCCUGCCGCCUGCUGCAGCAGAUGAUCGACAUCGCCAUCGACGGCUUCCUGCUCACGCCCGUGCAGAAGAUCUGCAAGUACCCCCUGCAGCUGGCCGAGCUGCUCAAGUACACCGCACAGGAGCACAGUGAUUACCGCUAUGUGGCGGCGGCCCUGGCUGUCAUGAGAAAUGUAACGCAGCAGAUAAAUGAACGCAAGAGGCGGCUGGAGAACAUCGACAAGAUCGCCCAGUGGCAGGCGUCUGUUCUGGACUGGGAGGGUGAUGACAUCCUCGACAGGAGCUCGGAGCUCAUCUACACAGGCGAGAUGUCCUGGAUCUACCAGCCGUAUGGGCGGAGCCAGCAGAGAGUCUUCUUCCUGUUCGAUCACCAGCUGGUCAUGUGUAAAAAGGAUCUGAUUCGUCGAGACAUCCUGUACUACAAGGGUCGGCUGGACAUGGACCGCUACGAGGUGGUGGACGCCAUCGAUGGGCGCGACGACGACUUCAACGUGAGCGUAAAGCACGCCUUCAAGCUGCACAGCAAGGACACGGAGGAACUCCACAUCUUCAUGGCCAAGAAGCUGGAGGAGAAGAUCCGCUGGCUCAGGGCCUUCCACGAGGAGCGCAAGAUGGUGCAAGAGGACGAAAAAAUUGGUUUUGAAAUCUCAGAUUACCAGAAGCGACAAGCUGCCAUGACAGUGCGAAAAGUGACCAAACAGAAAGCUGUAAGCCAAAGCAGGUAUGUGCCCUCCUCCCCCAGUACCCCCUCCCCACAGGACCCCCUGCCUCCAGGACCCUUCCUCCUCCCCGACCACUUGGCACAAUCAGAGGUAUUUGAGUUCCAGCAAGCCAGAAGGAACCAGACGCCCUUCUGGCAGAAUCUCAGUAGGUUAGCGCCCUUCAAAAAAUAGCAAAAAAAAAGAGGAAAUCAUUUUAAAAAAAGGACAGAAAAAUAUUCCACAAAUGAACUAUUUUAGAUGGACCACCAUUUUUUUCCGUUUGUUUCUGAGAAGCACUAUUGUACAUCAAAAUGCUAUAUAUAUUUUUGUUCUUCAUAUUUCUUCUGUAUGUGACUGACUAAGAGAAAAAAAAAAAACCUCAGAGAAUGGAUGGCAAACGUGCACUGUGUGUGGAAGGACUAUGAGAGGCAUCCAGUUGACACAGACACAAUCACCAACUACUGUACUACUGUAACUUACAUCAUGGACUCAAGUCAGUGCCACAACCCACUAAUGCAACAGCAAAUAUCCACUGGAAACCUGCACCGUGAAUUACACAGUGUUAUUUCAACACUUAGAGAGUCACUAUUAGCACCCACAGUGCUGGGCUUGCACUCUAAGUGUUGAAUUAGCACUGCAUGUUUUACUGCGUGCGAGCUUACCCUUCACCCUUAUUCAUUGUAUGUCAGUGUGUUGUAAUUACGAUUAGGCCUACUGUUUUUUAUUGUCAUAAUUUAUCAUGUUAUUCUCGUUUCGCGUCUACUGAGGGAAUGUUGACACUGUGGAAGGUAACUUAGGUAUUUUUGACCAACCAAUCAUCUCUUUCUAAGGCCUUUGUAGAGCCCAACUGGAGAAAGCGGUGUGAAAAUAUUUGUACUCCUUUACUAUCCAGUAAGGGACUCUUGAAGCAAACAAGAUAGACAAUACAUAUCGUCAUCCCCUCUCCCCGCUCCUCCAUAAAGUGAUGUGCACAGAAUCUCCUAUUUGUUCAUUUUUACCGCUUUGUUCUGUUUGCUUUGCCUUUUUCGUUGUGAAACAGUGACAGGCUACUACUGGUCAUGUUGUUAGUUUCUGGUUUGCUCAGUUAAUGUCACUGUAAAAUUUCAUACGUUUUGGUGUGCUUUCAUUUCUGCAUGCCAACGCAGUUUCUGCUCGAGGACAACUUGAGGUUUGUGGGCUGUGCUGUGCUGUCCGUGGAUCAGGGAACAAUUAAAUUGCUAGAACACACACACACUAACAAACACACACACACACACACACACACACACACACACACACACACACACACACACACACACACACACACACACACACACACACACACACACACACACACACACACACACACACAUGCACACUCAUGCGUGCAGACACACUGUACCAAAUACUCUUUACAGGGUAAAUUUCUUUAAAGCAAGAGUGACUUUUAUAAACGUUCAUGAUGCUCAAGCCAAUUUUGUUCCCCUGGUUUGGUUUCAGUAAUAUAGUAUAUAGUAUACCACUACUACCAUCCUGCCAUCUAUUUCCAAGGCAAGGACUGAACUACUGAAAGACAUUUUGUUGCUCAGUCUACACAAUGUUGUUGUAAUAUUCUCCUACAGUUACGGCCCUCGACAGUAUUGUACAUGGCUUUGUUUUUUUUGGACAGUUCUGUAACGGUUAAACUCUACUGUAAAGGCCUUGUAAAUUCACAGGCAUUUACAGUACAUGAAGGAAAGGAAUUUACAGAGAGUAAUUUAAAAAGGACAUAACCAGAUUAAGAAAAAAAGAUAUAUGAAUAUAUAUAUAUUUCUAUUAUUGGAUCACUAAACUUUAAUAAGCACAGUCAGAGAGACAUUUUUGAAACUUUGUAUUUAAGUUUUUUCGUUUGUUUGUUUGUUUAUUUGGAACAUUACAUAGUAUCUGCGCUAGAGUCUAUUUAACAAUUUACAGAUAAAUAAAUGAACAGUAUAU